AUGCAGAUAUACACGUUAUAUAUUCUCAACAAGAGUGGUGGACUGGUGUACCACAACGAUUUCCAACCGGGAUUGCUCCAAUUGACCACUAACGAGUCUCUGGUCAUGGCCAGCACUAUCCACUCGAUACAUGCGAUCAGCUCCAAGAUCACCCCGGCAAACGCAAAGACCAAUGACCUCUAUAACAACAACAAAUCUGGGCUGAGAAUAAUAGAAACCGAAAACUUCCAGAUAUACGUCUACCAGACCAUCACAGGUGUCAAGUUCAUUGGGUUUGCUAAUGACACCAACCUAGCCGAGAUGGAGGUGUGGUUCAAGAAAGUCUACCUGUGCUACUCGGAUUACGUGAUGAAAAACCCAUUUCAACAAUUGGAUAUGCCCAUCAAAAAUGACAACUUUGAUCGCAUAGUCAGGCAAACCGUGUGA